UAAUCGAAUGGGAACCUCUUGUGGACAAGCAGAUGGUUUCAUUCCCCCCAUUUAGAAGGAAGUAGUACUUUCGUGAGCUUACACGUUCAACAUGACGAAAUCCUUAGUGGGAUUUGCCGUUGUAUCAGUGCUCCUGUGUGCUUCAUUUACAGCGUCCAAGUCUCAAAAGCCAAAGAUUCAGCAGAUGAAAUACCGGUCAUCUAAGUCCUAUAAAAUUCUUGCAGAGGAGUACACUGACCACCUGACAUUUGAGUACCUGGUCAAUCAGAUUCUUGUCCCACGAGUGCCUGGGACAGAGGGCAACCAAAAAGUCGGUGAUUUUAUCAAGACCACUUUGGAGGCUAUGGGAUGGUAUGUGGAGGAAGACAUUUUUGAGGAUAUGACCCCCCACGGUAUGAGGACAUUCAGAAAUAUCAUUGGCACCUACGAUAUCAGCAAGCCCCAAAGACUCAUUCUGGCAGCACAUUAUGAUUCUAAAAAUAUCACUUCUUCUAAAGGUCAGCAAUUUCUUGGAGCAACAGACUCAGCUGUCCCUUGUGCUAUCUUACUGGAUGUGGCCAGACAGCUGAACUGUCUACUCGCCAACAGCAAUAGUAAUAAGGCAAAGAAUCUCACUCCUCAACUUGUGUUUUUUGAUGGCGAAGAAGCUUUCCUUGAAUGGACUGCCCAUGACUCAUUGUAUGGAGCACGACAUCUGGCUGAAAAAUGGGCAAAUACACCACACCCUUUAUUUAAUGAAAAGAGCUAUUUAUCUUCUAUUACAGCAUUUGUCUUACUUGAUUUGAUUGGAUCAACAGAUGUGUCAUUUUCAAGUUUCUACACACAAACAGAAGAAUUGUUUGAAUACCUCGUAAAAAUUGAAGAAACAUUGACAGAGAAACAAUUUUUGAAUGCAACAGGACUACGUCGGCGCCAAAAGCUAUUUCACUCAAGUAGAUACGGUGGUUUUAUGGGAGGGGGUAUAGAAGAUGACCAUAAGCCUUUUGAGGAGAGAGGUGUUCCUAUACUGCAUCUGAUUUCUUAUCCAUUCCCAAAAGUAUGGCACAGGAUGUCGGACAAUGCCAAGGCAAUUGAUUAUGCAGUCACUGAAAACUUUAACCGUAUUUUUCGGACUUUUGUGGCGGACUUUCUCCAUCUGGAUGCAAACCUGAACGGAUGUCGUCGAAGGAAAAAGUGACAAGAGAAUAAGGAAGUUGUUGGGGAUUGUUAUGUACGGCGGGGGUAUAACCUGUCUAACCUUGGAGUUUAUAAUUUGUUACUUCAAUCAUUUAUUUAUAAAUAAAUAAAUUGAUGCCA